UGCACCUUGAACAGUCCAGUCCAUGUAACUUAAGUCAAAGAUGUGUACAGUGUGUUGUCCAAAUAAUAAAAAAAGACCAAAACCAACAGCAUUAUUUUAAAAAAACAAUAAAUAAAAGAAGGAAAAAAAUAUUAAAUUGAAACCCAUUAAACUUUAGAAUAACAGAGUACAUACACUGAAAAAAUUGGAGCAUAUGCUCUCUACAACUACAAGUAGAAACCAAACCCCACCAUUGUCUCCCUUAUUCACUCUAUUAACACGUUAACAAAGUAAAGAACAGUUUGUCAUCACAAAUGGAGAGAAACUGGCUUUUGCUUUUCCUCCUCUUCCACUUAAUGCCUGCUCACCAGGCUGCAACUUAUGUAGGCGGCGGUCUCGGCUUUGGGAUCGGUGACAAUGCUGGUGGCGGUGGAGGUGGAGGUGGUGGUGCUGGCGGUGGUUUUAUGGGUGGAGGGAUCUCUAGCACCAACAAAGCUCCACCCAGGCCUUCUUCGAACUCAAAGCUCAAAACGGCAUACACUGCUCUUCAGGCAUGGAAACUGGCAAUCUCCGAGGACCCAAAUGGGAUCCUCUCCACUUGGGUGGGGCCAAAUGUCUGUUCCUACAAAGGUGUCUUCUGCUCGGAUUCUAGGAAUGCCGUCUCCGAUGGUGACCAGUACAUUUCCGGCAUAGACCUCAACCAUGGAAAUCUUCGGGGUACCAUUGUGGAUGAGCUCUCUUCACUCUCCGACUUGACUCUCCUCCACCUGAACAGUAACAGAUUCUCUGGCUCGGUUCCAGGAACGUUCAAGGAUCUCUCUUUGCUCCAGGAACUCGAUCUCAGCAACAAUAAUUUCUCCGGGAGUUUCCCUAGCAUAGUCCUAGAAAUCCCGAACCUCAUCUACCUCGACCUCAGGUUCAACAGCUUCUCAGGAACCAUUCCAGAGGAACUUUUCGAGGGAAAGCUAGACGCAAUCUUCCUUAACAACAACCAGUUUGAAGGGGAGCUUCCUGAAAGCCUUGGAAAUGCCCAGGCAUCCGUCAUCAAUUUUGCCAACAACCGGUUCAGCGGAACCAUCCCCUCAGUCUUCGGAGCCAUGGCUUCAAGGAUUAAGGAGAUACUAUUCCUGAACAACCAGCUAACUGGGUGCAUUCCUGAGGGAGUCAGAUUCUUUUCGGAAGUGAAGGUCUUUGAUGUGAGCUACAAUUCUCUGAUGGGCCACUUGCCCGAUUCAGUUUCAUGCCUGAAUCAGAUUGAGGUACUCAACCUUGGGCACAACAGACUCUCAGGCGUCCUAACCGACAUAGUAUGCUCGUUGAAAAACCUAAUGAACCUGACGGUUUCCUAUAAUUUCUUCUCGGGCUUGAGCCAGGAAUGCUCCAAGCUGGUAGUGACGAAUGUCGGCUUCGAUUUCUCAGACAAUUGUAUCCCAAACAAAGGCAUGCAGCGGCCUCCACCCGAGUGCUCUGUCAUUCCGGGAGGAGACAUGAGUUGCUUCCGGAUACCAUCACCUCAGCCUCUUGUCUGUGGCUCUAUGGCUGGAUUUCCUGGGCCAGCUAAUGUCGCCGGCCUAAUUGCAGCAACUCCUUGAUUAGUUUACUCGAAGUACUGACCGUUGGUUUGAACUGAGGGAAUUCGUCAACAAACAGAUAAUGGCGUUUGUUUAUUUCUCAUCGGUGCUCUAUGACAGAGUGGCAAUGGCUGUCUGCAAUUAAUACAUAUCAUGAUAAAGAAUAAAGCUUCCUGAUAUUAUUUCCGAGUUUUCGACAAUAUGUCCUGAUAGGCCUAAUUUGUUUCUUAUGGUAACAGACCAUGUUAUCCCCUGCCUUGAUUAGAUAAGGCCAUUGAAUAAGGUAAAUGCUCUCAACCUUUUUAAUCAUACUUCAUCGUUAUAAAAUGACAGUUUUCAUUAGAUCCAUUGAUGCUUCGUCCCACAUUGAAAUUCUUAUUACUUUUCUUGGUUAUAUGGAACAUGUAUUAAUAUUUGGAUAUUCAUGAAUUAACAAUAUUCAGAUGACAAUUGUGGAUAUAAAUGAAACAACGAGCACCAGAAUUUGGAGGAAAUAACAUGACUGAGACAGUAAGCAAAUUAUAUCUGCAAUUGAGCAACAAUGGAUGAAUUAAU